GGCGAGGACAACAAGCCGCGCUCACUCCGGUUUACCUUCAACUCGAACACGACCUCGACAAAACCCCCGGACGAUAUCAUCCAGCAAGUCGCUGCCGCCUGCACCUCGCACGGCAUCACUCACCGCCUCACCAGCCGGUUCCUGAUCGAGUGUUCCUGGGCCGGCACGGCUGGGCCCAACAAGGAACAGGUCAAGUUUGAGAUUGAGGUCUGCAAAUUGCCCAGGCUGAAAAAUCUCCAUGGCCUCCGCUUCAAGCGCGUCGGGGGCUCCAGCUCAGACUACAAGGACAUAUGCGAGAAGAUU